GUGGUGACUGUGUAGUGAAUUCAAAGCACGUGACAGUGACAGUGACAACGUGACAAUGGAAUUUAACGUGUAAAGGAACGUGCACGCGCCUAGGCUAGGCACAACCUAGACGCCUAUUCAGCGCAUCGUGGACAGCCUUGUUCAGUCGGCGCAGCUUCAUAUUACUCUUCACGAUAUCAACACCAUUAGGACUCCACUAUCCCACCACCACACGACAGCAACUGACGACGACUGCGGCAGCCACAGUUGCAAAGCCACCGGAUCUUCCAUCACCAAUACUUGCGGCCCUGAUCCACCCCUCAGCUUCCCUUGUGGUCGCAAGACGCAGGUGUCGGCGGAGGCUUUGUAGGCUUGCGACUCUGCAUAGCUUCACUGCUCCAAUCGUCCCGUUUAGUCUUUCGCUCGUGACCCCGCGCGCACAGGCAAGAUGGAUUACGAUCCCAUGAAUCUGGAUGAGGCCGUUGGACCACAGGUCAAGAUAUCCGAUGCGGAUAAUCUGAGGGUGGACUUUGAGCUCUCCAAUGUCGACCUGUCCUUCGCCAACUCCCUUCGCCGUGUCAUCUUGGCAGAGGUGCCCACCAUGGCCAUCGAUCUUGUCGAAGUGGAGGCAAAUACCUCUGUCCUCGCCGAUGAAUUCUUAGCUCACCGUCUCGGUCUCAUCCCCCUCAACUCGAAGAAUGCCGCGGAUGUCAACUACUCUCGGGAUUGCGAAUGCGAGCAAUACUGCGAGCAAUGCAGCGUCACUUUGUUCCUGAACGCGAAAUGCGACAGCGACGAAAUCAUGAAAGUUUACGCCCGAGACCUGGUGGUUGACUCGCUCAAGGCUAAUGCCUGGGUGGGGAAUCCUAUCUUUACGGAUGAGGGGGGCAAUGGACCAGUCAUAUGUAAACUCAGGAAAGGGCAAGAACUGAAGAUGAAGUGCAUUGCCAAGAAAGGGAUUGCGAAAGAGCAUGCAAAGUGGGCACCAACCGCAGCGGUUGGAUUCGAGUAUGAUCCUCAUAACAAAUUACGCCAUAUGGAUCUUUGGUUCGAGGAGGAUCCAGCUAAGGAAUGGCCGAAAUCUAAAUACGCCGACUGGGAGGAGCCAGCUCAAGAAGGCGAGCCUUUCGAUUACGAUGCCGUACCUGGUAGCUUUUAUUUCGAGCUCGAGAGCGCGGGAAAUUUGGAGCCAGAUGCGGUUGUCCAGGAAGGCAUCAAGGUCCUUCAACAGAAGCUUGCGACUAUUAUCGCGGGCUUGAGUGAUGGCGGUGGCAUGGAGAAUGGCAUGAACGGAGGCGACUCAUUUGCACCUCGCAGCCCAGAAUUUGCUGGUGGGAACGCUGGUUGGGGUGAUGCAGGUUAUACGACUCCGUAUGGUAAUGGAGGAAAUGCGAGCGCAUGGGGAGGGCAGGGUGCUGCUACUCCAUACGGAGCGACCCCCUACGGGCAGCCAGCAGCGCCGAGUGGGUGGGACUGAUGAUGUUCAGUAGCAAAGUUGCUACCAUUUUGGUAACCUGCUGAGAGAAAGAGGUAAUCAGCCACGGGGGCAGAGUAACCUCAAACUGGGCCAUCUUUUGCAGAGAUGGCCCAGUUUGAAGUAAAGCGGCCUCUGGCCUGCAACAGGCCAGAGGCCGCUUUACUACAUUGUACCAACAGUUCCAAGACUCAUUGCAUGGACAGCGGGCGUCAAAAAGGUUAUUUAUUGGACGCGUAUGAAGCGGAUCCAAGGUGUUACGUUAAGUGCACGUCGAUUAGGAGAAAUAGGCACAUAAUAUAACACAUUUUGAUGUCU